AUGGAAGCCCGAGAAUCGCUGCUCUCGAUGGGCUUUGCUCCUGAUCGAGUUGACUGGGCAUUGAGAGAGACGCCACCAGAUGCCGACCUACAGGCGAGGGUGGACCAUCUCAUCCAGCACGAAGGCGAACACGUCCCAACAUCCAAAUCACUUGGCGCUGCCGGCAGUAAAUCAGAAAAAGUCGCCGGUGAUCUAUAUAUCUAUAGUCCACCAGCUUAUGCGCCGCCUUCAAGCUUGGCUAUUGAACAUAAAAUCCAGUCGGAACCAUCUGGAUCUAUAACUCCUGCCCAACUGGCCGAGUCCUUGAAUGGACUUCGAAUUCAAAGACGGACGCCAGAUCCUCUGUCGCUCUCUAUCGAGAAUGAAUCUGUAGCUCGAUAUGCAGAGUUCUUGUCUGCGGAAAGAGGCAGGAUUAUAGCGGCUCAUAGUAAUCAAGAAAUAGCUGAGGAUCUCCUCGUUUCUAUUUCCAAUUUCUUUAAUGAAGAGCGGAAAAGGUGGCAACAAGUCUUACACCCCUCCAAACCGACUCCCCAAAGCGUGAACGCUGAUAAUAAUGCGGGCACUUCAUCCAACGGAAAUCAGUCACAAGCUUCCAACGAAAAUAGACUUUCUACCAAUGCAACUGAGGCGGAGAUGGCCCAGAAGUCGGCUGUAUAUGACGCUAUCGCUACCUAUGAUUCCACACGUCCUCUCCUCCCGCCUCUUGAGUCAGUCAAGAGAUUACUCAACGGCAUCGUUACAAAAUUUACUGAACGAGAGUCGGUGGAGAAUGCCCGCAAGCGUGCGGGGGAAAUUUGCACUCAGAUGGAGAAGCAGGUGUCGGACCUCCGUUGGCAAACCACGGUCACAGGUUCUUCGAUGUCCAAUGAAUCUUCUCUUCCUAGUUCGGACGACAUGAUGUCACAACUGCUCGCUAUGCAAUCUACAGGAGACUAUCGAGGCGCUGCGCGCUUCGCUCAGGACUAUUCGCGCAGAGAGGCAGCCAUGAAGGAACAGCAAAUGAGGACUGCAGCAGAAGAAUAUCGACGCAGCUAUCUUGACCCUGCAACUGCAGCGGUGAACAAGGCCAUAUCGGAAUCCCAGCCCAUAUACGCUGAGAUACAAACUCACCUCGAGAAUAACGACAAGCAUUUGGAUGUGGUGAAAACGAUCAGGGCAUUAGAGCAGGUCUCAUCUAACAUUGAAUGUGGGAUGAAGCUGCUGGAGCAACUAGACGACGAGAAGAGCGCACAGGAGAUCGAACGACGUGUCAAGGAGGCCAUGAAUCGUCAGCAAUUUCGCGAAGCGUCACAGCUUGAAACGCAGAAGGUCAGCCGUGUCUACGAAGUUAAUGCGGUACGGACAUCUCAAAGGGUUGCACGGCGAGCCCAUUUCUUCAACCUUGCGAUUUCCCGAAUCAACAAAGCACUCUCCGACAUAGACAACGACCAAUCAGUUCUCAAAGCGCAACUCAAGGAGCUAUUAGGGACUAUUCCCGAGACUAUCUCGCUAGACCAAGAAGAAGCUCGUGCCCGGGCGGGUGAUACCUCGCCAUCAAAGAUUCCACUCCCAAGCAAGGAACUCUUCAAUCAAAUAUCCGAUGCACAGUCGUCUUUGAUCUCGAUCAACGCUACAGCUUUUGAUCUACGUACCCUUUUGAAAGAAAUCCAGCGUCAGCAGGUCGAGGAGAGAGCGGAAAGCGACAUGGCACAAUUCACACUGAGGGAAACGCGGGCAGGUCGAUGGACCAAUUUGUAUGGUGGACCUGGCAAGCAGUUGCGAGACCGAGCAAACAAUGAACUUGCAGAGUUGGAGAGAGCUUUCGACGGGUUCCGUCGAACUGAUUUGACGGAACUAGACGCGAUUACGGGGCCAGUAAAUACUUUCCUCUCUAGGUAUAAAGCUCGGGAAGCACUUGUCAUGCAGAGGCUGGCUAUGGGAGGUCCCCCGAGUGCUUCACCGACUCCUACAUCAUCGAGCUAUUUCGCCUCCGGUGGUACGGGCGGUGUCAACCCGACGAUACAGGCUUUUCAACGUCUCUUCCAACAGCAAUAUACGCCGAAUCAGAGUUACUGA